UAUUGUUCCAAAACUGCAUGUUGCUCUUUGACUACUUUCAUAAUGACUCACUUUUAACUUACAAUGAAGGUGAAUGGUGACUGAGAAGUCAAAGUAAAACUAAAAUCUAUAUAUUUGCGUUAACUGUACCUUCAAACAUUUCGGUGUAAAUUAACAGUAAUUGUAUUAAAAUGAAAUACAUUUUAGUGAAGUUAUAAAAACACAUACGGAACACUGGCGCCCCCCGAUGGUGACUAGCCUAUAACACCGCUUGCGUCACAGAGUUCAGACGAGCAUCGGCCAUCUCACUUCCUCAAAAAAAACUUCAGUCCCAAAGAAAAACAGAAGCAAUCCCUGGAUACAUGGGUGACCACAUCAAGGACAGUUAUGGAGCGUUAAAGCAAGCGGCUACGACAAGCAAGCUAGACACAGCUAUAGGGAACAGGAAAGUGAAGUGAGGAGCUUCCUGUGACCAUAUCGUCUGCUGAUCCCCAGCGAAACCCUUGACUCCUCACUGAGGAGACAUGGAGGAGCAGGGGGAUGCUGGGAUUGGGGGUUUGUUGGCACCCAGCCCACAGAGUGAGGCUGUAACCCAUGAGAUGGGCGAACUGUCCCUGCACCCCAACCAGAGGCUGCCCCCCCUCAACGAACGCAAAAAUGUUCUCCAGCUGAGGCUACAGCAGAGACGCACCCGCGAGCAACUCAUUGAUCAGGGCAUCAUGCCACCCCUGAAGAGCCCUGCAGCGUUCCAUGAACAGAUCCGCAGCCUUGAGAGAGCCAGGACUGAAAAUUUCCUAAAGCACAAAAUACGCAGCCGUCCAGAAAGGGCCGAGUUGGUCCGCAUGCACAUCUUACAAGAGACAGUGGCGGAGCCUUCUCUGCAGGCCACUCAGCUGAAAUUGAAGAGAGCUCGAUUGGCUGAUGACCUGAAUGAGAAGAUCGCUCAACGCCCCGGCCCCAUGGAGCUAGUGGAGAAGAACAUCCUGCCUGUGGACUCCAGCGUCAAGGAGGCUAUCAUUGGUGAAAAUGCAAACUAUAUUUACAAUGGUCAGAUGCAGUACCCUAGAACUCUAGAGGAACUAGCUGAUGAGGACAGUGGAGAUGCGUUUUCACCCGAGCAGCCAGCUAGUCAUGGGUCCCAGGGUUCUGCAGCCUCACCUGGGGAGGUCCGGGCCAUUGAAGAGUCCUCACCAUUGCCUAAUAACUUCUUACAGCACUUUCCUGCAGUGACCAACACAACAGAUUUCCUCAAGCCUUUUUCCACCAAAGAGCAAUCAGUUAGCCCUCCAGCACCCAUGCCACAGCUAGUCACCGUGGCCCCUGUGAAGUCUGGGCCCACCCUUAUAAAGCAAAGUCAGCCUAAGUUACCUGGGGACAAGAGCCGCAGUAGGAAGAGCAAGGAGGCCAAGCCACGUGUGAAAAAGUUAAAAUAUCAUCAAUACAUUCCCCCAGACCAGAAACAAGAACCCAACCAAGCCCCGAUGGAUUCCUCAUAUGCUCGUUUACUACAACAACAGCAACUAUUUUUGCAGCUACAAAUCCUGAGCCAACAGCAACAGCAGCACUACAACUACCAGACCAUCCUUCCUGCACCUCUCAAGCCUGUGAUAGAAGGCCAAAACAGCAGUGCCAUAGUGGCUAUCAACAGCACCAGCAGCCUUUCUGCCUCUAUUGUGGUGUCUCUGCCCACAGCAACACCUGUGCGGCCCAACCGCAAGGCAGGCAUACUACCUGCCAACCUGGAGGAGAUGAAGGUGGCAGAGCUGAAAAUGGAGUUAAAGUUACGUGGUCUUCCAGUGUCUGGAACAAAAACAGACCUAAUUGAACGGCUUAAGCCUUUUCAAGAAAACAAUGCCUGGACUGCACCCAACAUCUUCACAGGACCUAACAUGCAGCCCUGCAGCACACCUAUGGAGGUGUCCAGGACCACUACAACCCUAUCCCCCAUCCAACAGCCCUCUGAAAAUCGGAGCUCCACUCCACCUGUGUCUCCUGGUUCUUCAGAGCUUCACAGCAAAGAGGACGCAUCCAUGGAGGGACAGGCAGAGGGCCAAAACCCCAGUUUAGUAACGGCAGCUCCUGUUCCUGAGGAACAGGACCGGAGACUGCACGAAAAGGAGCGACAGAUUGAGGAACUGCUGCGUAAACUGAAGCAGGAGCAGAAGCUGGUGGAAGAACUGAAGAUGCAGCUAGAGGUGGAAAAAAGGAGUGGACAGGUUGUUCCACCUGCAGAAAAUAAAUACACUUCCAGUCCAGCCACUAUGUUGGCGUCUGUCAAAACAGAAAACACUGUCCCUCCUAACUGCACACUGAGUCCACACACUACGUCAACGCUAUUGAAGCUUGAGGAGGCCCAUCCUAACCAGGUGACAGCUACUCCUCUCCGUCAGUUCAUUAUCAGCCACCAAGGAUUCCCACAGGUCAUAGGACAGCCCCAGACUCUUCUAACCACUCCGCAUGGGAGCACUCAGAUCCUUCUUCCAGUGCCCCUGGCAAAUAAUACCACUACCAUCCAGCUGCCCAACACUAAUGUCAAACUACAGCCAGUUUUGCAGACUGCCUCUCCAUCAGUGCCAGGUAUAAUUCAGACCCCCCAAAUACAGCCCACCAAAGCAGAGAGUCCUACAUCACAACAGCUGCUCAGUCACAACCACAUAGUUCAGGCCCUGCCUUUGGGCACCACCAAGAGGUCAGGUUUCCAGCACGGUACCAAUGAGAACCCAGUAGGCCUGGAGAUACCUCAGUGCUUCCUCAGCAGCUCCCCAGAUAGCAGGAUCUCACGUCAGACUUCCCCCGUCCCAACAACCCUUAUCAAUGGGCCACUAAACAAAACAUCCUUCAUCCAGCAGUCCCCAGUUUUCAACCAUACGCACAAGAACAGAGAACCACCCCGCUAUGAGGAGGCCGUCAAACAGACCCGCAGCCUACAGAAUGCCGCCGUCUCAGAGAUUCCCACAGCAACGAGUCAACAGAUGGAUGAUCUCUUUGACAUUUUAAUAGAAAGUGGAGAGAUCACUCCCUUUAGUCAACAGGACCCAUCUGUGCCUAAGAUGAUGCCUGUCACGGUCAGCAUCACCACCCUGCCUAUCAGCACCGCCCUGUCCCGUCCACCCGCCCAGGUGCAGAUGGCACCCCCGCCGACGCUCAUGGUGGAGCCCAUGCCCAGCCUGGCCUCCCUGGUCUCCGACAACCAGUUGGAGGCUCUGCUAGAGGGCACGCUGGUUGGGGACAUAGAGCCGGAGCAGAGGACUUUGGGCCUGCUGGAGGAGCUUCAAAGCCAGAUACUGGAGCAGCCAAACUCCCCAAUGGACACUUCAGAGCUGGGUUUCACCGUCCCGCCUGCACCUUCCUCCUCCGCCCUGUCCUUUAGUCUCCAAGACACUGGCCUGGACAACAUGGAGUGGCUGGACAUCACUAUGCCUGGGCCCAUCGGCGGACUCAAUCCAUUGGGCAUCACCUCUGAAUUCCUGGAUGCUCAUGAUCUGCAGCUGCACUGGGACUGACAGGAAUCACUUCAACAAGCCGUCUGUCUGUGGGGGAAGUAGGGAUCGUCUGUGUGGUGGUGGUUCGCGUCUGGCAGCUUUAUGUGACUAGACUUCACUUAUGCUGGUUCUAAUCACCAUCUGUUCUCAUUCACCUUUUGAUCAGAAAAGACACAAGAGCCUUGUGGGUAAUGCUGGCUAGGGCUCUCUUUGCUGUGCCAUUCUGAGAGGGAGCUGCAGAUUGAAUUCUGCUGUAUUGCUAUUUUGGGUUUUUUAUUCAUGUGCCAUUGACAUCAGAUUGGUUGCAGUCAGGCUAUAAAUAUCCUCACAGCUAGUUUUAAAGAAGGGUAAGCUGUCGGUUCCAAAUGAUGUGGCAUCACAGUAGAGUUCACUUUGUUUGCAAAAUUGAAAAUUGAGCCUUGAGCAUUAGCGCUUCUGUCCGUGAUCAUGAGUGUCUGUGUGGAGGAUGAGAAUGUCAGACUCAACCUGGCAGUCAAGUCAUGUUUCCCAGAAUUCCCUUUUUCAGCACUGACUACAGCCUGGUGUCUGCAAGAUUCAGUGGCAAAUACACUACCAUUCAAAAUUUUGGGGUCAGUAAGAUUUUUUAUAACAGAAAUUGAGUGUUAUUUAGCAAAGAUCUAAUUAUUUGAUCAAAAGUGACACAUAUAAUGUUACAAACGAUGUUUAUAUGUUUCUAUUCAUCCUAAAAUAUUAAUAAUAUGA